UUCAUGGCGUCUCUCACUCUUUCUUCUUCACUCACUCAUUUCUCCACCACCACCACCACAACUUUUUCCACCUCCGCAUCUUCUUCUCUUUUCUCCCCCGUCUUUUCUCUUCAACUCUCUCCGCUAAGAUUUUUCUCCUAAUAUCUCCCUCCUUUUAAACUUUUUUCGAUUCAUUUAGGAAGAGAAGAAUUGGGUACAGAGAUGAGAGAGAGACUACCACUAAAUCGGAAUAAUGCUCUACUGAAGCUCUUUCUCUUGUCUCUCUGGUUAUAUACUUCAAAUUGCACCCUUGUGGAAUAUCCGCAAGAUUCCAACUCAACGCAAAAGAAAGGUGAUGAUUUUUUACCUGUGGAACCCCCUAGCGAGGAACCUCAACCCUUUCUCCCAUUUUUAGCACCUUCUCCACUGGCACCUUUCACAAACCAAAGUGUACCACACUUAUCAGGACAUUGUACCUUAAAUUUUUCCGUUGCUGAAAGUAUGCUGAGCAUGACCGCAAUUGAUUGCUGGGAUUUCUUUGCUCCAUUUCUGGCCAAUGUAAUAUGUUGUCCACAGUUGGAUGCGACUCUUGCUGUUCUUGUUGGGCAGUCCAGUAAGGAUACUAAAAUGCUUGCUUUGAAUGUGACUCACGCAAAGCACUGCCUCUCAGAUGUUGAUCGGAUUCUAGUGGGUCAAGGUGCCAGCAGGGAUCUCCGAAAGGUAUGCUCAGUUCGUCCUUCAAACCUCACUGAAGCCUCUUGCCCAGUCAAAACAGUUAGCGAUUUUGAGAACACCGUUGAUUCGUCUGAGCUUCUUCUUGCCUGUGAGAAACUUGAUCCUGUGAACGAGUGUUGCACCCAAACUUGUGAGAAUGCAAUAUCAGAAGCUGCACGAAGUAUUGCUCUGAAAGGUUAUGGUCUAUCUGACGUGUCUCAUGUCGUCCCUGAGAACUCCUCCAGAAUUGAUGAUUGUAAAAUCAUUGUCCGCCGGUGGCUGACAAGUAAACUUGAUCCUUCUGCUGCUAAGAAAGUUCUGAGAGGACUUUCUAACUGCAACGUGAAUAAAGCCUGUCCACUGGUUUUUCCUAAUACCAAAGGUGUUGCCAAGCAUUGUGGAGAUGAAAUCAGCAACCAGACUGCUUGCUGCAAUGCCAUGGAGAGUUACGUGACUCAUUUGCAAAAGCAAAGUUUCAUAACUAAUUUGCAAGCAUUGGACUGUGCUGCUUUACUUGGCGUGAAAUUACAUAAAUCUAAUAUUACUAGAAACAUCUAUGGGCUUUGCCAUAUAACCCUCAAAGAUUUCUCUCUCCAAGUUGGAACACAAGAAUCUGGUUGCCUUCUGCCGAGCUUGCCUUCAGAUGCAACAUUUGACAAAUCUUCAGGGAUUAGUUUUCUUUGUGACCUGAAUGACAAUAUUGCUGCUCCUUGGCCCUCUACAACUCAAUUACCUUCUUCAUCCUGCAAUAAGACAGUCAAGAUUCCUGCACUUCCAGCUGCAACAUCUGGACAGAGUGGUAUGAGACUAACAACAGAUCAUAACAGAUCUGUGCAUAUAUGUAUUAUACUUUAUUUAGUUUUGUUUUACUUUUUCUUAUUUGAUUGCUGAUAUAUUCUCUGUAUAUUUGUAUUCACAUUUGUAAGAGACUAGUUGAGGUUGAUUGUAACAGGGAGGAAAGAAAAAUAUUAUGGGAGGAAGGUUUUCUAGUAUUAAAUUAGAGUCCGACUGUAAAUAUGGAUUGAGUUUUUACUUUUAAUCUUAAAAGUUGAUAUCAA